AUGGAUAAGCAGCAAAUGACAGUAGGCUUAGCCCCUGAAGAUUUAGUCACGGCCAGGGGCUUUGGGCCGCUCUUGCAGUUCGCCUACACUGCCAAGCUGUUACUCAGCAGAGAAAACAUCCGCGAGGUCAUCCGCUGUGCUGAGUUUCUGCGCAUGCAUAACCUGGAGGACUCCUGCUUCAGCUUCCUGCAGACCCAGCUCCUGAACAGUGAGGAUGGCCUGUUUGUGUGUCGGAAGGACACUGCGUGCCAGCGCCCGCACGAGGACCAUGAGAACUCUGCAGGAGAGGAGGAGGAAGAAGAGGAGGAGACGAUGGAUUCAGAGACCGCCAAGAUAGCUUGCCCCACAGACCAGAUGCUUCCAGACCCCAUCAGCUUUGAAGCCACUGCCAUCCCAGUAGCAGAGAAGGAAGAAACCUUGCUACCUGAGUCUGACGUGCCCACGAACACCAAGGAAAACUCAGAAAAGGAUGCGUUGACACAGUACCCCAGAUACAAGAAGUACCAGCUUGCAUGUACCAAGAAUGUCUACAAUGCAUCAUCCCACAGUACCUCAGGUUUUGCAAGCACAUUCAGUGAAGAUAACCCUGGCAACAGCCUCAAGCCAGGGAUUGCCAUGGGGCAGAUUAAAAGUGAGCCACCCAGUGAGGAAAAUGAGGAAGAGAGCAUCACACUCUGCCUGUCCGGAGAUGAGCCUGACAUCAAGGACAGAGUGGGGGAUGUCGAGAUGGACCGCAAGCAGCCCAGCCCUGCCCCCACCCCCAGCACCCCAGCGGGAGCCACCUGCCCGGAUAGAUCCAGGAGCGUGGCCUCACCUUCCUGUCUAAGGUCUCUGUUCAGUGUAACAAAAGGGGUGGAGUUGUCUGGCCUGCCCAGUACAUCUCAGCAGCACUUUGCCAGGAGUCCAGCAUGCCCUUUUGACAAGGGGAUCACUCAGGGUGACCUUAAAACUGACUACACCCCUUUCACAGGGAAUUAUGGACAGCCCCAUGUGGGCCAGAAGGACACAUCCAACUUCACCAUGGGGUCGCCCCUCAGGGGGCCUGGGCUGGAGGCUCUCUGUAAGCAGGAGGGAGAGCUGGACCGGAAGAGUGUGAUCUUCUCCUCAAGUGCUUGUGACCAAGUGGGCACUUCAGUGCAUUCAUAUUCUGGGGUGAGCAGUUUGGACAAAGACAUCUCUGAACCGGUGCCAAAAGGCCUAUGGGCGGGAGCUGGCCAGUCCCUCCCCAGCUCACAGGCCUACUCCCACAGCGGGUUGAUGGCUGACCACUUGCCAGGCAGGAUGCGGCCCAACACCAGCUGCCCAGUGCCAAUCAAAGUCUGCCCUCGCUCGCCCCCCCUGGAGACCAGGACCAGGACGUCCAGCUCCUGUUCCUCCUACUCCUAUGCAGAGGAUGGGAGCGGGGGUUCUCCCUGCAGCCUUCCUCUCUGUGAGUUCUCCUCCUCACCCUGUUCCCAGGGAGCCAGAUUCCUUGCCACAGAGCAUCAGGAACCAGGCCUGAUGGGAGAUGGAAUAUAUAACCAAGUUCGACCCCAAAUUAAAUGUGAGCAGUCUUAUGGAACCAACUCCAGCGACGAAUCUGGAUCUUUCUCGGAAGCAGACAGUGAGUCGUGUCCUGUGCAGGACAGGGGCCAGGAGGUCAAGCUUCCUUUUCCUGUAGAUCAAAUCACAGAUCUUCCCAGGAACGACUUUCAGAUGAUGAUUAAGAUGCACAAGCUAACCUCAGAGCAGUUAGAGUUCAUCCACGACGUCCGGCGGCGCAGCAAGAACCGCAUCGCCGCCCAGCGCUGCCGCAAGAGGAAACUGGACUGCAUUCAGAAUUUAGAAUGUGAAAUCCGAAAGCUG